AUGGUCGGCAAGAAAAGAAACCCGAUCUCUGAAAUCCGUGAAAUCCGAUCGGCUAUUAGGGCCGCCAAAGCGGCAACGGUUGCCGCAAAGGCAGCUGCGGAGAAAGUCGCCGCACAGACGGCGGCGGACAAAGCUGCUGCGGCGGUUGCGGCGGACAAAGCGGCUGCGACGGCGGAGGCGGCGGCGGCAGAGUUGAAAGCAAAAGCUGAGGCUGGGAUUAUCACCUUGACUUUGAGUGGUAAACCUGAGGACUUGAAUAGGUUUAGGUUUCAAGGCACUCAGGUCAAAGCACCAUCUGCUGAAAUUGUGUCGGGUUUAUCUUGGGCGAGUGCUACGGCGUCAUUAAACUACAUCGCUAACAAGAUCAUCAGCCGCAAGAUCAUCGCUUGCUAUGGGCUGGGCUCAUUUACACCGCUUGAUUUUAUUAUCUCAGUGUUUUAUGUUCAAGCGCACCAACAAUCUCAGAAAGAAGCUGGAAUUAUUCCAGAUCCAGAUUUUGACACUUUCAUGAAGAUCACGAUAUUUGAAAAGGGAUAUGAGAAAGACCCUGCGAUUGUUGCUAAGGAAGCAAUUCAGGAAGCCACCCGUAACGGAUCAGACGUUCUUGUAGACACAGCAGGUCGCAUGACAAUCAAUAACUGA